AUGAACGCGCAUAUGCACGUAUGCCCCAACAACUAUGGCAGUUGGAUCCUUCAUCUUCGCUGCAAACCGUACAUGUCAGCUGCUUGUAUUUGCGAGGCGGUUGCAAAGGUUUUGUGUACCGCCCCCCCUUUCCUUCUUUCGACACGGACGUUGCACACUCCCAAAUGGUUUUUGUCGACUACUCGUACUACUAGCAAAAGGCUUAGCGAUUUGAAUGCACCUACGACUCCCUGCAUGGUCCAAAGCUCUCAAAAGCCCCCUAAAAGAACUAAUGAAUCCUUAUCCCAAAUCCCAUCACUAUGGCAAGCGAACGCGCAGGUUGCAAAGGCAGACGUGGAGUUCCAGAACUCCAUAAAAACAGUUGAGUACCUGAGGCAGGUCGACUCAAGGUCCCUGCCGAAUCCGGAGGAGAAGGUUGCACACCUCAUCAGGGUGCAUGAGUGGCUCAAGGUGGUGAGGCAACAAGUGCGGAGGAACUACCCAAGAGCUGCCAAGGCGGCACCACCACCUACACUGGUGGUAACAAGUGAUGAGGAGACAGGGGAUGCAGAGGAGGAGGACAAGGGUUCGGAGGUGGUGGUGAACCACGAGCGGCAGCAGUCCAAAAUGUAUGCCAUUGCUGGUGGUGGUGGUGGUGGUCCUGCUGCUGCUGCUGCUGCUGCUGCUGUGAAGCAUCACCCAGCUGCCACCAAGACAGCAGCCACCAAGAAGAAGCCAGCAGCUGCAGCACCACCAACAACCGCUUCCCCGCCUGAUGAUGAUGGUCUGCCUAGCAAAAGCGAGGUACUAUCUUUUGUGCGUGCGCUGUGGGAUAAGGCACAGGCAAUGCUGGAGAAAGACCUUGCUGCUGCUGGGCCUGAUGGGCCCGUCACUUACAGCACCGCUGUCCUGCUCAUGCAUGCGCUGCUGGCGGAGAUGAUAUCUGGUGUCUACAUUCCGCCUGUCCGCUUGUCCGUGUUGAGCACCUUGAUGGUGCCAGGCAUGCAGACCUGCAAGCAGCAAGACUGCUUCCAGAAGGACUGCCGCGGCAACAACCUGGUCGAGGUGUUUCCUGUAGCAAGGGCGGGGGCAGGGGCGGAUGGCAGCCAUGGCGCUAGCAGCAGCAGCAGGAGCAGCAGCAGCAGGGGCCGUCGUCUUGUGAUGGAGACCAUCCAUCACAAGACGGAGCGCUUUAAGAAGGAUGAGGCCCUGAGAAUUGUGCUCCCUUCAACGCUCUCCCAGCACAUCCGGACUUACACAGAGUAUGCCCGGCCAGCGCUCCUCAACAUGAAUCCCAGCAUUGACGAUGCCAGCAAGGAGCCUCCCUUCCUGUUCCUUGACAGGAAGGGCAGGCCGGUUGCAGGUGUCGACGCCCCAUUCACGGACGAAUGGAAGCUUAUUCAAAGGAAGUAUGGUGCACCCUGGCCGACAGUAUUCUGCCCCAUGAAAUUUAGGCACCUCCAUGCCACUGUGAGGUUCAAAGACCUGGUGGACAAUGUGGCAGACCAGGAGGAGGAAGCCCUCGCAGGGGAUGCACUCGUCAUGGGAAAUUCUGUUGCUGUCUGGCGCCGCCACUACAUAAAGGGUCGUGACAGCAUCGUGGCACAGAAGGCUGUUGGGCACCUCGGGCGCUGGCGGGCCAUGGAGAGGCAGAAACAACACGGUGGCGGUGGUGCUGCUGACACUGGAGGGGCAGCGGCAGGCAGGCAGCAGGGUCAAUGGAUGCAGCACCAGCACCAGCAGGACCGCGACAACCAGGUUGUGGAUGAGGAUAUGGGUAAGGCUGAGGAGGCUGACGAGGAGGCUGAGGAGGCUGAGGAAGCGGAGGAGGCGGAGGAGGCGGAGGAGGAGGCGGAGGAGGCUAAGGAGGAGGCGGAGGAGGCGGAGGAGGAGGCGGAGGAGGCUGAGGAGGCUGAGGAGGCUGAGGAAGCGGAGGAGGCUGAGGAGGCUGAGGAGGCUGAGGAUGCUGAGGAUGCUGAGGAGGCUGAGGAGGCUGAGGAGGAGGCGGAGGCGGCUGAGGCGGCUGAGGAGGCUGAGGAGGCUGAGGAGGCUGAGGAAGCGGAGGAGGCUGAGGAGGCGGAGGAAGCGGAGGAGGCUGAGGAGGCGGAGGAGGCGGAGGAGGCGGAGGAGGCAGAGGAGGCGGAGGAGGCGGCGGAGGAGGACAACGAUGACAAGGAGGAAGUGCAGCUGCCACUGCAGCAGCAGCACAGGCAGCCAGCCAACAACAGCUGCAGCAGUGGCCAUGGCAACAUCAACGGCAGGCAAUUGAUGUGCCCACCCUUGCUGCUGCCACGACAACUGCCAGUGCAGCAGCCACCACAGCUGUUGAGGCUUGGCAAGCGCUGCCACAGUUGCAACGAAACUCCAGGCAAGCGACCACACCUCGGGUCAGGGGGAAUUCAAGCAUCAUUGUCCAAGAAACAGAAGUGCAGCAUGGGCCAGCACCUACUACGGACCUGCGGGGGUGAUGAUCAUGGUGACCCCAGCAGCAACGAGGAGGAGACAGGGCUUGUGCUGAUUGUGCGGUUGGGGCAUCACUCCAAGCGGUAG